CGCGACACGGAAAGUUUGCCGGCCUUAAAACUUGUUCAAAAAAGCUGUUAAACAAAAAUACUGUCGGGCGACAAAGCGUCUGUGAAGAUAGUGACAACAAGUGUACAGCGUGGCCAAAUAUCAAUGAAUAAAGCAAUGAAAUAAUUAGAAAACAAACACUAAAGUCGUAUGAGAAAACAAGCUGGAACCUUAUUACGAGUCAAGGCAAAUUACAUAGCCCGAAGACAAAGUGAAAAGGCGCGCAUCGUGAAAUCGUUUAACAUUAGCUGGCCGACUAGGAUAAACGGCCCCAUGGCCAUGAUGAUGAAAUAGGCCUUCUAAGCGUCGAAGUCCCAUGCUGAUAAUUGGCUAGGAAUAACAUCAAUUUAACAUGAGCUAGUACAGCUUUAUUUCGCGAUAUACAUCUUUGGCUUCGGAGUUCAGUUAUCACAUUCUCACCGUUAAAAGCUUUCUCAUGAUAUGAGCCAAGAUCAGACGCACGCAACUGUUUCCCAAGCCGUUAUUCCACUUGGAAGGGAAGCUGCAGCCACCCACCAGAAACGCCUCUACCAAGGUCAUUACAGAAUUGAAGAAAUUCCUCCAAAUGAAGUGCAGUUGGAAGCGUCUCAAAGAUCUUCGUUAAACUUGUUUCGACUAAAACUCCGUUGAAGAACAAAUCAAAGCACCAAACAUCUGAAAAUAGGGAAAAACAUUCAAAGAAAUCCUUAGUGCGGUGAAGAGCAUCAGUGAAAAAUGGAUCUUGUGAAUAUCUUCGUUCUUGCAGUUGGCUUAGUCUCUGUGGUAACGAACGGUGUCCUGUUGUUCAUUUUGAUACGAGACCCAUUAAAAUGCUUCAAAAGCUCAACAACAUAUUUCAUAAUAAGUUUGUCUGUUUCCGAUCUGUUAACAGGCAUGAACGCUUGUUUCAUGGGACUUGACAAGGUUCUCUCGUUAAGUCCAGAUCAUCACAGAUACUUGCUAUCCCUUUUCUGGAUCACAGUUCAAGUGUCGUUCCUGACGUUGCUGGCGAUGUCCUUGGAACGUUUUCUGAUCGUCAAGUAUCCAAUCUAUUGUCGUGUUUGGAUUACGAAAAAGCGUGUCUCGUUCGCAGUUGCGUGUAUUUGGUCGGUCUCGGCAACGGUCGGAGGCCUGGUACUGCUACCCCCUCCUCAUUUAGACUACGUACAGUUCUCGAUAUUUUGUGAGUUUUUCCUGUCAGUGUUCGUGAUCACAGGAUUAUACACUUUCAUUUUGUUCGAGAUUCAGAGUUCAAAAGAGAAAGUGAAGGGGACAGGCCAACUACACAAGGGCGGCUCGCAGGCUAUACGGAAAACGUCUUCUAUGCGAAAAACCUCCUCUGUACGAAAAAUGUCCCCUGGGAAACAAGAGGUCUACGGGAUACAAAUUACAGUGACGGAAGAACCAAAUUCAUCGGUGAGUUUGACAUCAAUGCCGGCCGCCUGCCCCGGGUCUCCGAGGAUCCUAUCAAGUCACAAUACGGUAAACGGGGCCAUGAAGAACGGCGCCGUAGGUGAGGGCAUUCUAAACGGGGGAAAACUAACGGGUGGUAAAAAUGACGUGGGUAAGAACGCCGAGGGGGCUAAUACUCGAAAGAAGAGCGUGGAGUUCCAUGAGGAAAGUACUAUAGUCGAGUUUAACCGUGGUAAACCUCGACGUGAUUUCAUUAAGGCAGCACAGAAUAUUAUGAAAAGCAAAGAAAAAUCUGGUCCUUCACAACAAGAUAAACUAACAGCAGUGGUUUUGUUACUUGUGGGCAUUCUAGCCGUGACUAUUUUGCCGUAUUUACUAGCAUCCCAAAUUAUCUUGGGAUAUGUAAUAUUCUGCAAAUGCCCGCCGCCACAGGUGUUGUUGCUAUUCCACUACUAUUAUCUCCCAAUAGAGCUGCUAAACUUCGCAGUGAAUCCGCUGGUUUAUGCCUGGAGGUUGCCGCAGUACAGACGUUCUCUGAGGUACAUGUGUACGAAGUACCAGUCCUACACGGAAACGAGUCAAGGAUGGGCGUCCAUUCGCAGCGCGAGCUCUCCAGGCCGUAGAGAAUAUACUUCACAAUAGAGAUCGAAUCAUGGGUCAUCCUAAUUAACGCCAUCUCAUUUUGUUCUAAUUGGAAAACGAAUAAAUUAAAAUCCUAACGAAGGCGGUUAAAAAAUCAGGCUUUUCGAGAGGAAUUGUAAAUUCCCAGUUGCGAACAUAAAAGGUUCAGAAACUCAAACUUCAAACAUUUUCCAGCGAUCCAUUUCCCCCAGAUCCGAUUUCCCUUACAGGGUUGCUGCACCCAGCAUUACCCAUCAUCUGAACGCACCACGAAAUUGACAGUUCUAAUUUUUUUUUAGAAUGUCUCCUAAGUUUUGCUUUAGAACUGCAUGAUAUAGAACUUGUAUAUAAUAUAGAAUUUCAUUUAUGAGACUGACUGAUGCGUUUAUCAGAGCAUAUAGUACAAGAGCAUAUAGUUGAAAAAAUAGAAAUUAACGCGUUUUGUGAAAGACGGAGAAAGGAACCUAAUAUA